AUGGCAAACCUCACACUCACACUUUUCAUUCUCGCUGUCCUCUUCCUCGCCGGAACUAUCACCGCCGACUACAUUACUUCUUCUUGCACAGCCACCACCUACCCUCGUUUAUGCGUCCAGUCUCUUUCUCCCUACGCAGAAACUAUCAAACACAACCCGGCUGAGUUGACUCGGUUUGCGUUGAACGUAACCCUAAACCAGUCUGAAUCGGCCCAAUCUUUCCUCCAGAAGCUGACGGAAUCUAAAUGGUUGAACUCCCGUGAGCGUUCCGCUGUGGGAGAUUGCUUGGAGGAAGUUAAUGACAGUUUGGACCGGGUCAGAAAUUCGAUCCGUGAACUCAAUAGCGUGGAUCGGGUCAAAGGUCGGGAGUUCCUCUUGCACAUGAGCAAUGUUCAGACAUGGAUUAGCUCAGCCCUGACCGACGAGAAUACUUGUAUGGAUGGGUUUUCGGGUCAGGAAAUCGGGGGCCCUGUCCAAAGUUCGGUUCGGAUCCAGAUCAGUGAUGUUGCACAUUUUACAAGUAAUGCUCUUGCAUUAAUUAACCAUUACCUGAUACUAUGA